AUGAAACCACCAAAAACACCGAAAUUAUCUCCAACUCGUUCAACUGCAGUUGACAAUCACUUCAUUAGUCCCUACAACAAUCCAAAUCACUUCAAUCAUCUAGGCUCCUCUUCUAAACGCUACACACCCACCUCCUCACCUAACCAAGAUAUCCAACAACAACAGCAGCUAUAUACACACAUACAUCCACCUGCUACACCAAAAAUUUUCACCAUUGCUACUAAAUCUUUGUCGUACGCUAGGAGUUGUCAGGAGUUUACUGAGGAUGAUGUAUUCAGUAGUCCUUUACCCCUUGCACCAUCGAAUAAGGCGAAAAAGAGAAGCAAUCUGAAACAGAGCGAUGACGAUAGUGAGUAUACGGUCUCACAUUCACUUAGCGGAAACAGACCGGUAAAGGCAACUAAACAUCGACACCUUUCAUCACCCAUCUCAUCACCCCACUCAUCGCUCCCCUCUCACAGCAUCAUCAGCUCACCAACCUACAACAAGCUCAACGAAUUUUCCCUUAAAUCGGAGACUGAGCUGGUUGAAGGGCUUGUGGAAGGUGGUUUAGAAGAAAGUGAAAAAAAAGGUGAAAAAGGUGAAGAACUAGGUUUAGAACCAACAGAACCAUGGAAACAAAUCAACUACUCACUUUUCGCUGAAAUCCCUGUGGAUGAAUCAAUGUUUUGA